AUGUCGGACACAGACUCAGACACGGCCAGCUCGAUUGGCAGCAUUGUUGAAGAGGCAAGCGAGCCGGACACGACUAGUUUCAAGGAUCUAUUUUCCGACCGACCAUGGAGCCGUGUGUCGGACAUGAUAGCGCAUGACAAGGCGGAGCACGGCUUUGACCUCACGGCCACGAUCAAAGCACUUGGGCCAGAUGCCGACGAAAUCACAAUCAUCAAGCUAAUCAACUACUUGCGGUCCGAGGCACAGAAGGGAACAGACCCCAAGAAGAUUAGUGUCACGCUCGACGACCUGGCGAGCGAAAAGUACCUGCAGCCAGUGCUGGAAGAUGACGCCCUGCUGUUUGAACUGGGCGACCUCAUGCCGGAUGACGACGCUCAGGCUGUUGACUACGACGAGUACGAAGCCAAGCUGCACAAGGACAUGCCCGAAGACUUUUCCAAGAUCAAGCUCGUCAAUGAUCGCGACCAGGAUUACUUUGAGUCGUACAAGGGUAACAGCAUCCACCGGGAGAUGAUUGAAGACCGCGUGCGGACAGAGGGGUAUCGCGACUUCAUUGAGAAGAACCCCGAUGUGUUCAGCAACAAGACUAUCCUGGAUGUCGGCUGCGGCACUGGCAUUCUGUCUCUCUUCUGUGCGCGGGCGGGCGCGAAGAAGGUGUUUGCUGUCGACAACUCUGGCAUUGCAGUCCGCGCCAAAGAAAUCAUCAAAGAGAAUGGGUACCAAGACACUAUCGAGGUGAUCCAGGGAAGAGUCGAGGAUUUCAGCACGCAGCAGCGGAUCGGAAAGCAAAAGGUUGACAUCAUCAUCUCGGAGUGGAUGGGCUACGGGCUGCUCUUUGAGGGCAUGCUCGACUCUGUGCUGCGCGCCCGGGACAUGUACCUCAAGCCGGACGGCAUCAUGGUGCCUUCGCACUGCAACAUCCGCCUUGCCCCCAUCAGCGAUGCUGACUGGAUAGCCGAGAACACGGGCGAGAAGUUCUGGCAAGACGUUUACGGGUUCAACUUUGCGCCCAUGAUCCCAGGUGGUCUGCUCAACACGCACGAGAUUGGUGUGUUUGACGUGCCCGCCAAGUCUCUUUGCGGAAGUGCCAACAGCCAUCUGCUGGAGAUGAAGACUGUCUCUGUGCAAGAGCUGAGUUUCAAGGUGCCGCUCCGCAUGACGCUCGACCGCGACAUCACGUCGCUCGACGCAAUUGCAAUCUGGUUCGACACCAUCUUCAUCCACGCCGGCAGUACGCAGGAUAUCCAGACGAUUGACAGCGUCGACUGGGGCACGAACGGCAUCCCUGGCUUGGGCUUCUCAACAGGCCCCAGCAACACACCGACGCACUGGCACCAGGCGGUAUUGCUUCUGGACAGGGACAUGCGGGGCAAGCAGGCCUUCACAAAGGGCACUGUUCUGGAGGGCUACCUGACGUAUGCAAAGGAGAAGGGGGACGAUCGCGGUAUCACGGUGACGGUGGAAUGGAGGGGCAAGGGGCAGCAGGGCGAGGUGGAGGGCAAGGUGGAGCGGACCAUGGCUUAG